UUAUCACCAAGAGUGUGGCUUAUCUUCAAAAGAAUACUUUUGCAAUUUAGUUCCCAAGUGGACGGGACUCCACGAGACCGCGUGUUUGUGCGGGGUUGUUGAAGUUUUUAAAGUUAUUGGUGUUGACGUCAAGAUGGACAGGCCUAGCACUAGUCGGCAGUCCGUUGAGAAGGUGGAAAUGUUCGAGGUUCGGGAGCAUGUGCCGUAUCAAGCUGAGUUAACGCGUGCUCCAGCAGCCUACGAUGAGGAAAGUGGGGAUGUGUAUGACUCCUCAUGGACAUCCGCCUUCCGUGCUAUGUGCCAGCUUAUCAACCUCCUCCACCACAUGCAGGUCGCGAUAGUAGUGUUCUGUUUAUGGCACUUCGCUCUGACUGCUGAAGCUAACGGAACCAUCAGUAACUUGGAACUCCAUAUCAUUUUUGCUGGAACUGGCUACCAACUGUUCCUGGUAGAAGCGAUAUUGACCCUGCACAGACACAACUCCUGGUCAUUCCAACUGUCGAAGGAUGGCAAACGAAUCGUGCACGGAUGCUUACAGCUGAUUGGAUCAUUAUUUGUGAUCGCUGGCACUUUCCUCGGACUGGCUAGAGUCGAUAUGGUUGUGUCAACAGCUCAUGGAAUUUGUGGUGUCAUUGCGUUAGCAUUCACCCUCUUGAGUUUCAUCUCGGGUAUCAUAGCACUAUUUUCAGCUAAAGUCCGGUUGAUGGUUAGAAGUGGACCCGUCAAGAUCAUCCAUUUAGCAGUGGGACUCUUUGCUGUUUCUAUGGGCCUUAUAACUAUGGUUAUGGGAUUCCACAUGGACUUCUAUGCUGCAUCACGAGAAGGUCUAUCAUCAGCCCUUAUAGUAUUUACCGUGUUAAUAUUAGUAUACAUUAUGAUCCAGCCUAUUUACGACUUGAUAUCAACUACAAGAAAAUCUAUGUGACUAAUGAAAAUACAGGGCUCGCCAGAUGAUGAUAGUAAUGCAUAGUGUAAAAUUGUUUUGAAGCCAAAAAGACGAGUCUAUAGUGCUGCCAUAUUAUUUCUUUCGGUGGAAAAAAUUGGAACUAAAUAUUAAAGCCAUAACAGUAAUAAAAACUCCGCUCUAAAAGCGACACCAAUUAAAUAACUGAUCAAAUAAAUUGGCAGGGCUACGGGAAAUUUAUUUUUAAGUUAGUUUUAAGCAGUAGUUCAUAAAUCCAUAGAUCCACCAACCAUACCACACCAUAGAAAUCACAAUCAUUAACAUUUUCAUGCACUUUACAUAAAUUCAAAAACGUUUCCACAUUCCAUAUCAUAUGUAUGUGAGGAAAGUGUGUGCUUGACGAAAACAGGUUUUUAUGCGUAAUUUCAAUGUUACGCAUAAAUAAUCCCCGAUAACCUUUAUAUUAAUUUAUUACAAUGACAAUAACUUAUUAUUAGAUAAGUAAUUAUUUUUAUUUUUACAUAUAAUUAAAUGUAUAAGAUUAUAAGUUAAUACCUACCUUAGUCCCUACUUACGUCGGUAGGUCCUGUAUUACUAUUUUUAUAUUCAUUUAGUUAUAAGUUACUUUAGGAUACUCUUCUUUUCUUUUUUUUUAGGUGCUUAUAUUGUUAUUUUCUUAUAAUAAUAGUAAGUUUAACCUAAUACAUGCAUGUAUGAGUGUUA